UCUGCUGUACCGCACCGUGGCGCUUCUAAAGAUUUCCAAGUGGAGCAUGGGAACAAAAAUGGCGGCCAAGUUGAAAAAGAGUAACAACAUUGUCGCCAGACUUCAGCUAAAGGAGAUACGCGGCAGUCUGCAGACACACAGCCAUGCCACGCCUGUCAGAAUGUUCAACAAAACCAUCCCAGACUCCCUCGUCUUCAACCUGAAGGACCUGGUCCCUCUAUCUGUGCUGCAUGAUGGCCAUGUGUUCCUGGGCUUCACCAAGGAUGGGCAGUUUGUGCUGUCCUACACCCAGCUGAUGGAGGCUGAGGCACACACAGGGUACCCGUACUACGAGUACCACCUGCACUGGUGGGUGCUGCAGCCGGUAACAACACAACAGCAGGGGACUCCACAGCGGCACUUCAGACUACACAAGGUGUCUCAGGUGCGGCUCUUUGGAGAAGAGGAGAUCCCGACAGACAUCUAUCUGUUGGUGUGCCAGUGGCCAACAGACUACACCAAAGUGCUGGUGCAUGGAUACAGUUACCACCAUGGGGCCAACAGUGAUGAGAAGUGCUUGUGUUACCUGACAGUCACAGCUGUUCCACCUGUGGCACCCUGUGAGGACUGCAUGCAGCUGCCUCAGCACCUGGACCCACCAGAACCUGAGGAUUCUCUCAGCACCCCCCUCCCCCUACGGUGCCUGCGACACAGCUUUACGCUCCAUACCAAGUAUGAGCUGGCCCCACCGUUCCCACCCUUCCACCCCAAGGUCAGCCUCAAGCUGGAUGGAGUCAUCGUCCUCAAUACUGCCGACUCCCUGGUCGCACUGUCAAUCAAAACCGGAGGGGAGGAACAGUCCAUUCAUGUAGGAGGGGGAGAUAUAGAACAGUCCAAUGACAGUAGAGGGGGAGACAGGGAACAGUCCAUUCAUGUAGGAGGGGGAGAUAUAGAACAGUCCAUUGAUAGCAGAGGGGGAGACAGGGAACAGUCCUUUCAUGUAGGAGGGGGAGAUAUAGAACAGUCCAUUGAUAGCAGAGGGGGAGACAGGGAACAGUCCAUUCACAUCGGAGGGGGAGAUAUAGAACAGUCCAUUGACAGUAGAGGGGGAGACAGGGAACAGUCCAUUCAUGUAGGAGGGGGAGAUAUAGAACAGUGCAUUGAUAGCAGAGGGGGAGACAGGGAACAGUCCUUUCAUGUAGGAGGGGGAGAUAGAGAACAGUCCAUUGAUAGCAGAGGGGGAGACAGGGAACAGUCCAUUCACAUCGGAGGGGGAGAUAUAGAACAGUCCAUUGAUAGCAGAGGGGGAGACAGGGAACAGGAGAUUAUUUCUUCACCAGUUCUAAGAGUUGAUGUCAAAAUUGACUCAGAGCUACAGUGCAAGAACAGUUCAGCAACAACAAGUAUGGACCAAGUUUCAUCUUCUGAUGACCAUCUGGAAAUGCAGAGCUCAAGCACUAACGAGUCUUAUGUUUUUGACAUGAGAGUAUGCUCAGGGAAUCAAGGAUAUGUCAAGGAUAAAGACAAUGUGAAGACAGAUUCAUGUUUCACAGACACGUAUGGCAAGUGUAACACUUAUGCUGCUGAUCACAGCUCUGCAGAUGAUGUAUCAGGUGUCGCACAUGCUGGCUGUUUCAUCACAGGUGCAAACAGCUGUAACACCUGUAUAAACAGUAGCAAUGCUUCAUCAAGUUCUGAAUGUGCCAAAUACCACCCUUGCUUCAGUACCAAAGAAAAUAAAAACCAAAGUGAAGAAAUUGCAAGAUCAGAUUCUGUCCAAGGAGGAAUUGUUAUCUGUAGGGAGGGAGAUUCCCUUUCAGAUACUAUUAAUGUGAACACUGCUGUUCAAGGAUCAAGUAUAGUACAAACAGCACAGAAAACAGUCACACCAUCCACAGACAGCACACCACUGGACAGCAAGAUUAUGAAAGAUUCUGAUGCUUUUAACAGCAGCUGCAGGAACAGCACAGCCCUGCACAUAAAGACUCCUGAAGGUCAUGGUCAGCCAUCUGAUCUACUGUCUGCUGCCUCUGAUCAUGACAGCAGUUCCUUGGACAGCACAGCUCUACACAAGAAGACUCCACAAGGUUUAAAACUGUUGACAGAUAUGCUGUCUGCUGCUUCUGACAGCACCACCAGGCACAGCACAACUGGAGACAGCAGGACUCCUGAAGGUCAUGUCCAGCCAUCAGAUCUACUAUCUGCUGCCUCGAACAGCAGUUCCUUGGACAGCACAGCUCUACAUAGGAAGACUCCACAAGGUUUAAAACUGUUGACAGAUAUGCUGUCUGCUGCUUCUGACAGCACCACCAGGCACAGCACAACUGGAGACAGCAGGACUCCUGAAGGUCAUGCCCAGCCAUCAGAUCUACUAUCUGCUGCCUCUGACAGCAGUUCGUGGGACAGUACAGUGCUAGACUGCAACAGGUCGCCAUGUUUCACCUUCACCAGGAGACAGUUUGUGUACAGCACAACUGAGGGUGGAGGUCAUUUGGAAGAUACAGGAGAGAGUGGCAGUGAGUACCAGUCCAUGCUCCCUCUGCAAGUACACGGAGCAGGAUACUCCUCCAUGAGGCUGUGUAUGGGGGAGGACAUGCUGAGCACCUACUAUGGGCAGCCUGGGUCAUUGGAGGUGCAGGAGUUGCGAAUGGAUGCAGAACAGUUCAUCUGUGACAUGGCGCGGCAGGACGCUGACUGGGGAAACAGAUUCGUGGCCUUCACAGACUACGACAUGCAGAUCAUUGACGUUUGUCCUGACAGUAGACAGCUGGUAGUGCUGGUUCUAGCGUUGGUGAGAGCUCGGCCACACUAUGGCAACUGCAUCCCCAAGUUGUACCAGACCAGCUUUACAGCAGCCUGGGACCUCAACACAGGCCACCACCAGACAAGGGAUAUCCAGCCUCUACAGGAGUUUGAUCAAGCACAACUCAGGAAAGUGUGGAAUCCCGGGCGUGCCAUGUCCAGAAAGAUGCAGCAGAGGUGGAUGAUACCACAGGGAUAUGCCAGAGGGGUGCAUGUCAUGACCAAUGAAGCCGUGUUCAGAGGCCACAGUCUGUCCUUGCUGUGGGACUCCACCAACUGCAUUGCCAUUGUUCCAGGACGUCCAGGAAGAUAAAAACCUGUACCCCCCCAGUCCCCUAUCUGUUCUGUUAACAUUUGUCCACUACCUGUCCGUACCCAAUGGACAGUGUGUAGCAGGCUUUGGUCUGUCUGUGAUUUUGUUCAUGAUUUAGUAUCUAAAAGAAGAUAGACUAAAAUGUUCCAAUGUGUGCAAAGCACAAGAAGUUUGUCAUUCAACUCCUGUUAAAAUAACUCUUGUCAAUUGGAAGGACAUUUGUACAAGUUGAUGUCUGGCUCUACAUCUAGGUACAUUUAGUAUCCAAUGAUUAUAAAAGAGUACCUAGAAUUCUGUUCAGUUUUGGUUUGCAGCCCUGUAGCUCACGAAAUAUCAUUAAAAUGUUACUUUUAA